UAAUUAAACGAUAUUGCGAUACUUUUAUCGUCACCUAAGAUUGAUAAAGACACCCAGCAAACAUGUUUUUCUGUUGAUAAACCCAUAGUGACCUUUCUUAUCAUUAGUAGACCCCCCGAGUACUUAAAAGCAGUAAUUUUCUUAUUACUUUAAUAGUCUUUGUCCGUUCAUUGGCGUCUCACUUUCGUUUUCAAGCACCCAGACAUGGCAACAGGUGGCAAUUUAGCCCUUUUGUCCGUUUCGAACAAAACCGGACUCGUAGCCCUUGGCAAAAACCUCAAAGAAUUAGGUUUCACGCUCGUGGCGAGCGGUGGCACUGCCAAGAGUCUCAGAGAUGCCGGACUUGUGGUCAAAGAUGUCUCUGAUAUUUCCGGGGCCCCCGAGAUUUUGGGUGGACGAGUGAAGACGUUGCAUCCAGCUGUCCAUGGGGGGAUUUUAGCUAGAGUCAUUCCAUCAGAUCAGGCAGAUUUGGCGCAACAGAAAAUCGACAUGAUCAGGGUGGUCGUUUGCAAUUUGUACCCCUUCGUGGAGACGGUUGCCAAACCUAACGUCACCAUAGCUGACGCUGUGGAAAACAUAGACAUUGGAGGAGUCACGCUCUUGAGGGCUGCAGCCAAAAACCACUCCAGAGUCACAGUGGUGUGUGACCCCUCAGACUACGAAAAAAUCAUCACAGAAAUGAAAAACUCCCCAGAGAAAGACACUACAGUGCAAACUAGGCAAAAUUUGGCCCUUAAGGCGUUCACGCACACCUCAGAGUAUGAUCUGGCCAUCACUGACUAUUUCAGAAAACAGUAUUCAACCGGCGUGUCCCAGUUAACUUUGCGCUAUGGAAUGAACCCCCAUCAAAAACCAGCCCAGUUGUUCACAAUUUUGCCCAAGUUGCCCCUCACCGUGGUAAAUGGGUCUCCUGGGUUUAUCAAUUUGUGUGAUGCGUUGAAUGGGUGGCAGUUGGUUAAAGAGUUGAAGGCGGCCUUGGGAUUGCCUGCUGCGACGAGUUUCAAGCAUGUGUCGCCAGCUGGCGCUGCAGUCGGCGUGCCUUUGGAUGCCACUCAGGCCAAAGUCUGCAUGGUGGACGACCUUGUCCCCACCCUCACACCCCUCGCUACCGCUUACGCCCGCGCCCGCGGCGCCGACCGCAUGUCUUCCUUCGGCGACUUCGUCGCCCUUUCCGACCCCUGCGACGAAGUCACCGCCAGAAUAAUCUCCCGCGAAGUCUCCGACGGGAUCAUCGCCCCCGGCUACACCCCCGCCGCCCUCGAUCUCCUAAAAAAGAAGAAAAACGGCAACUACUGUGUCCUCCAGAUCGACCCGGCCUACGAACCCGACCCCAUCGAGAGAAAAGUCCUCUUCGGACUCACUCUCGAGCAGAAACGCAACAACGCCGUCAUCGACAAGUCGCUCUUCUCCAACGUGGUCACCCGUAACAAGACCAUCCCCGAAUCGGGAGUCCGAGAUCUGAUCGUUGCCACCAUAGCGCUGAAGUACACCCAGAGCAACUCGGUGUGCUACGCCCGAGAUGGGCAGGUCAUAGGAAUCGGGGCGGGGCAACAAUCCAGAAUCCAUUGUACGCGAUUGGCUGGUGACAAAGCGGACAACUGGUGGUUGAGACAGCACCCCAAGGUAUUGGGGAUGAAGUUCAAGAAAGGUGUGAAGAGGGCGGAAAUCUCGAACGCGAUUGAUAAUUACGUGAAUGGAACGGUGGGGAAAGAUAUGGAUAAGGGGGUGUUCGAGGGGAUGUACGAGGAGGUACCGAAGGAGUUGACGGCGAGCGAGAAGAGGGCGUGGCUGGAUGAAUUGAAGGGCGUGGCGUUGGGAUCGGACGCCUUUUUCCCGUUCAGGGAUAAUGUGGAUAGGGCGCGAUUGAGCGGAGUGACGUACAUUGGCAGUCCAGCGGGAUCCACCAAUGAUGAGGAGGUUAUAAAGGCGUGCAACGAGCAUGGGAUUAGUCUAGCGCACACGAAUCUCAGAUUGUUCCAUCACUAAAGAUGUUAAUGUUAUUGUUAAGUUUAAUUUAGAGUUUCCAAAUUUCUUUAAUAAAUUUUGAAUUUAAUUGUG